UCUCUUGUCCAGUCCAUACACGAGUAUCAUACAUUUUCUGAAACACGAGACAUCAGAUAAUUGGAUUCUAGGAGAUUAUCUAAACAAAAAAAUAAAACUAAAUUAAACACGUACUGAAUUUACCAAAUAAUUAUCUUAUUUAUUUUAAAAACUUUUGAGACUUAUCAAAUUUACCUUUUUAAGAAGCUUAAAUCCUUAAAAUGAUUUCUUUUGAGAGAGUGACAUUUUUUAUUCAACAGAACCUCUUGAAGGGUCUUCUUCUUGCUAUGACCAAACCACAAACUCACUAACAUCACACUGGCUUUGAUUCACCACUCCAAACUCAUCCACAUUGUGCUAACAUGUGCACACCAACUUACCAUGCGCCACCUCUACCAAAUCCAAACCCAACUCGUCACCUUUCCUCCGCCCCACGAAUCAAUCAACCCAAACAUGAUUGCUGUGAAGCUCAUCGGGGUGUGUGGCAACAGGGCCAACGCGCGCCACGCUGCUCUGAUAUUCACGCACCACCUCACACACCCAAACAUCUUCGCUCACAACGCGCUUCUCAAAGCCUUUGCUCAGAACAACGAAUGGUCCUGCACCAUUUCUCACUUCAACACCCAAUUGACGACGCCCCACGCGCCACCCCCCGAUGAGUACACCUUCACUUCCGUCAUCAAGGCCUGCUCUGGACUUGCCCAAGAGCGCGAAGGUCAGAAAGUACAUUGCUUUGUUACUAAGUAUGGAUGCGAAUCGAACCGUUUUGUUCGGAACUCGCUUGUGGAUUUGUAUUUCAAAGUUGGCGACUUUGAGAUUGCCCACAAGCUGUUUGACGAGUUGCUUGUGAGAGAUGUUGUAUCUUGGAACACUUUGGUUUCUGGGUAUUGUUUGAGUGGAGAUGUAGAUAAGGCAAGGUCGGUUUUUGAUGGGAUGGCGGAAAGGAACUUGGUUUCAUGGUCGACCAUGAUUGCUGGGUAUGCAAAGUUUGGGAAUUUGGAUGAUGCACGGAAGCUUUUUGAUGAAAUGCCGGAGAGGAACGUGGUUUCAUGGAAUGCCAUGAUCGCUGGUUAUGCACAGAAUGAGAAAUAUGGUGAUGCUGUUGAUUUGUUUUGCCAGAUACAACAGCAAAAGGGUCUUGUCAUCAAUGCUGUUACGCUUGUUAGUGUGUUACCUGCUUGUGCUCACCUUGGCGCGCUUGAUCUUGGGAAGUGGAUUGAUAGGUUUAUAAGACAAAAUAAGAUGGCGUUGGGCCUGUUUUUGGGGAAUGCGUUGGCUGAUAUGUAUGCAAAGUGUGGAUGCAUAGUGGAUGCUAGGAGGGUCUUUGAUGCAAUGCAAGAGAAAGAUGUUAUCUCUUGGAAUAUUAUUAUCACUGGCUUGGCGAUGCAUGGGCAUGCUAAUGAAGCUUUCAGUUGCUUUAGAGAAAUGCUGGAACAUGGAAUGAUGCCAAGUGAUAUAACUUUUAUGGGACUGUUAACAGCAUGUACUCAUGCUGGGAUGGUGGAUAAAGGGCUUGAAUAUUUUCAUAUGAUGGAUCGAGUCUAUGGAAUUUCUCCCAAGAUUGAACACUACGGGUGUCUGGUGGAUCUUCUUAGCCGCACUGGUCGUCUGGACGAAGCCGAGAAAUUGAUUAGCUCAAUGCCGAUGAAGCCUAAUGUCAUAGUUUGGGGGGCAUUGCUUGGUGGUUGUCGGACGUACAAAGAUGCAGAGAGAGGGGAACGUGUGGUGCAACACAUUCUUGAACUUCAGCCAUCCCAUUCUGGAAGCUAUGUUUAUCUUGCUAAUAUUUAUGCUUCAAUGGGAAGGCUAGAUGAUGCAGCAAAAUGUAGGUUGAGAAUGCGUGACAACGAAAUAAUGAAAACGCCUGGCUGCAGUUGGAUAGAGGUGGAUAACACAGUUCAUGAGUUCUUCAUGGGAGACCUCUCACACCCUCUGUCAGAUAAGAUAUAUUCCAUGAUUAGAGAAUUAAUAUCUAAAAUGAAGUUAGCUGGGUACAAACCGAAGACAGAUCUUGUUACACAUAAUGUGGAUGAAGAGGAGAAGGAGAAUGCUUUAUCCACUCACAGUGAGAAGUUGGCAGUGGCGUUUGGGCUAAUUAGUACUAGUGAAGGAACAACAAUUAGAAUAGUAAAGAACCUACGAGUUUGCAAUGAUUGUCAUGAUGCAAUAAAGGUCAUAUCUGAUAUUGUUCGGAGAGAAAUCAUUGUGCGAGACCGAAGCCGCUUCCAUCAUUUCAAAAAUGGGAGAUGUUCUUGUAAUGACUUCUGGUAGGGAAGUAUAAAAAUAUCGA